AUGGGCGGAAUCGAACGCGGCGGCAAAGUCUACAAAAUAGACUGCCGUCGGCUGUUGGCAGCUAUCACUGAAUUCAAGGAUGGGCCUCAGGGUAAAUAUCUGUUCCGCAAAUCCACGCCCAGUACGGAUUCUGGCUUGGUUGGACCUCAUCCUAGAGACCCGCACAGCCUCGAAUCGCCUAAGCGUAAUAGUGAAGACUUUCGCGACGUCGUCGAUGAGGCCUAUGCCGCAGUAGUUCUCGCAUUUCGUCUUAUCUAUAUUCUUUAG